ACCAUGUCGCAUCUCUCUCGGCUGAAGGCUUCUGCCCUGCUGUUGGCCUUGUUCCUCCCGUCACCACUGGCAACAGUGGACGACCACCAGGGCCCACCUGGGGCUGGGGCAAUGUCUGCCGAUGGCGGCAACUGGAGCGCUAAGUGUCAGGAGAUUACCGAAUGCCAGGAAGGCGUGAUCUUACCGGUUUGGCUCCCCCAGAACCCCUCUGUGGGUGAUAAGGUGGCACGGGCCAUUGUUUACUUUGUGGCCUUGAUUUACAUGUUCCUGGGCAUGUCCAUCAUUGCUGACCGCUUCAUGGCCUCCAUCGAAGUCAUCACCUCGCAGGAAAAGGAGAUCACCAUCAAGAAACCCAACGGUGAGACCACCACCACCACCAUCCGUAUCUGGAACGAGACCGUCUCCAACCUGACCCUGAUGGCGCUGGGCUCCUCGGCACCCGAGAUCCUCCUAUCCAUCAUCGAAAUCGUGGGCCACGGCUUCAACGCAGGAGACAUGGGGCCCAGCACCAUCGUGGGCAGCGCCGCCUUCAACAUGUUCAUCAUCAUCGCCAUUUGCGUCCACGUGGUCCCCGAGGGGGAGGUCCGGCGCAUCAAACACUUGCGGGUCUUCUUCGUCACGGCCGCGUGGAGCAUCUUCGCCUACAUUUGGCUGUACCUCAUCCUGGCCUGGUUCUCUCCUGGAAUCGUGGAAUUAUGGGAAGGCCUCCUGACCUUCCUCUUCUUCCCAAUCUGUGUGGUCCAGGCUUGGGUGGCAGACCGGAGGCUGCUCUUCUACAAGUACGUCCAGAAAAAAUACCGUGCUGACAAGACUCGGGGCCUCAUUAUUGAGACUGAGGGUGACACGGGCUAUCCGAAGCUUGGCAUGGAGAUGGACAACUCACUAAAGGAAGGCUCUGAAGGCCUUGUGGACGCCGGGAAGGACCAAGAUGACGAGGCCCGCCGCGAUAUGGCCCGCACUCUGAGGGACCUCAAACAGAAACAUCCGGAAAAGGACAUGGAGCAGCUAAUUGAGAUGGCCAACUACCACGUGCUGGUCCAGCAGCAGAAGAGCAGGGCCUUCUACCGCAUCCAGGCCACCCGCAUGAUGAUUGGAGCAGGGAACAUCCUCAAGAAACAUGCCGCUGACCAGGCCCGCAAGGCCGUCAGCAUGCAGGAGGUGCGCGCGGAAGAAGACGAGUCGGUGACCAAAGUCGGCUUCGAGCCAUCGCAUUAUCAGUGCUUCGAGAACUGCGGCUCAGUGGUGCUGACCGUGGCCCGGCGAGGAGGGGACCCGGCCCGCGUCACCCUGCGAGUGGACUUCCGCACCGAGGACGGAACGGCCAAUGCCGGUUCCGACUACGAAUUUGCGGAGGGCACUUUGCUCUUCAAGCCGGGCGAGACUCACAAGGAGGUCCGGGUAGGAAUAAUCGAUGACGACAUUUUCGAGGAGGACGAGUACUUUUACGUCCACCUCAGCAACGUGCGGGCGGCCUGGGCUGAGCCGGGGCCCGAGCCGCAUCCCAAAGCCUGCCUGGGACCUUCCAAGAUGGCCACCGUCACGAUCUUUGACGACGACCACGCCGGCAUCUUCACCUUCGACGGGGCCUCCAUGCGGGUGAGCGAGAGCGUGGGCGCCGUGCGCAUCAAAGUGCUGAGGACCUCGGGGGCCCGGGGGCGAGUGGCCAUCCCCUUCCACACCAUUGAGGGCACCGCGAAGGCCGGAGAGGACUACGACGAGGUUGCCGGCAAGGUGGAGUUCCAGAAUGACGAGACCAUGAAAUACAUUGAAAUUAAAAUUAUUGACGAUGAGGAGUACGAGAAAAACAAGAACUUCCACCUGGAGUUGGGACCACCAGAGCUGCUGGACACGGGCCCACGGCACGGUGACACCAAUGAAAACCGGCUUCCUGAAGGAGAAGAGGAAGUGAUAGCCAAAAUGGGGUGCCCUAGCCUGGGAGAGAACCCAAAACUUGAAGUCAUCAUUGAGGAAUCUUAUGAGUUCAAGAGCACUGUGGACAAAUUAAUCAAGAAGACCAACUUGGCACUUGUAGUUGGCAGUAGCAGCUGGAGGGAGCAGUUCGUAAGCGCCGUCACUGUCAGCGCUGGUGACGACGAGGACGAUGACUCUGGCGAAGAGCGCCUCCCGUCCUGUUUCGACUACAUCAUGCACUUCCUGACGGUUUUCUGGAAAGUCCUUUUCGCCUUCGUGCCGCCCACCGAGUACUGGUGCGGCUGGGCCUGCUUCUUCGUCUCCAUCUGCCUCAUUGGGGUGCUCACGGCCCUCACCGGAGACCUGGCCGCCCACUUCGGCUGCACCGUCGGCCUCAAAGACUCGGUCACGGCAGUGGUUUUCGUGGCUUUGGGGACCUCCGUGCCAGAUACCUUUGCCAGCAAAGUUGCAGCCAUCCAAGAUCAGUACGCCGACGCCUCCAUCGGCAACGUGACGGGCAGCAACGCGGUCAACGUCUUCCUGGGGAUCGGAGUGGCCUGGACCAUUGCCGCCGGCUACUGGGCCAGCCAGGGCCAGCCGUUUCGGGUGCAGCCGGGCACGCUGGCCUUCUCGGUCACGCUGUUUACCAUCUUUGCCUUCGUCAGCAUUGCCGUGCUCCUGUACCGGCGCCGGGCACCCAUCGGCGGAGAACUGGGCGGUCCCCGGACCCCGAAAACCCUUUCCACCCUUCUCUUCGUUAGCUUGUGGUUGAUCUACAUCCUGCUGGCUGCUCUGGAAGCUUACUGUCACAUUAAGGGCUUCUAAGGGACGUGCCCAGACUGGGUAGAUUUGCGUUUAGGUUUGGCCCUGCCCAAAUCUUGGGAGACUGAGCCCUGGAUGACUUGAAAGGAGACCCCCCACACACACACAUACUUCGGGAAACACAUACCUCUUUCCCUGAACAACAUGGGGACACC